AUGGCGCAUAUGAUGUAUUCGCAACAUCAUGCGACGAUGGCUCCCCCACAGAAACCAGAGACCUUCAUGCUGAGCAGUGAAGCACAACAGAGCCUCCCUCAAGAUGCUCAAGUAGCACUCCAACAAGUCGACAACUUAAAAUACUUUUUAAUAUCUGCUCCUGUUGAUUGGUCGGCGGAUCAAUACAUCAGACGAUUUCUCCUUCCAACUGGUGAAUACGUUUCCUGCGUGUUGUGGAACAACCUCUUUCAUAUUUCCGGUACUGACAUUGUACGAUGUCUGUCUUUUCGAUUCCAAGCUUUCGGUCGACCAGUAAAGAAUUCAAAGAAAUUCGAAGAGGGUAUCUUCUCUGAUCUGCGAAAUUUGAAAUCUGGAACCGAUGCCUCCCUUGAAGAGCCAAAGAGCGGUUUCUUAGACUUCCUAUACAAGAAUAAUUGCAUAAGAACACAAAAGAAACAAAAGGUUUUCUAUUGGUAUAGUGUGCCACACGACAGGUUAUUUUUGGAUGCUCUGGAGCGAGAUUUGAAGAGGGAGAAGAUGGGACAAGAGGCUACGACUGUAGCAGUCAAUGAACCAGCUUUGUCUUUCGAAUUCGACUCGUCGCAAUCCUUGUUUGAGCAACUCACAAAGGCUCAGCAAGCCAACUCUUCAUCAUUCUCUGCCCAGCAACCUUCAUACAAUCAAUCACAAUCAACAUCCCCAGUGAUGCGAGCGAUGGAUUCGAUGCCUCCUCCACAGAUGGUUCCUCAAGCUAUGGCUAUGCCAGAAGAGAUGAACCAAAUGGCCGCUUAUCAACAAAUGACAAUGCAGCAACAACCAAUGCAGCCACAGCAACAUCAUCAUCAACAACAAAUGCACCAAGUCAAGAGAGAGCCCGAUUUCAACCGCGUUCAAUACAACCAAAAUGGUGUCCCAAUCGGGCAAACACAUCAGCGACAUGCCUCUAUGCCUGCAUACGGAUUAGAGUACUCUCCCGCGCCCUCGUUCGUUUCAUCACACUAUGAAGAUUACAGUGCUCGUGGUAUUUCAUUUGAACCAAUUACUCCACCUCAACAAGCCCUUGGAAUGGGAGCUGAACCGGCUUAUAUUGCAAAUGAGGAAACUGGUCUCUACACAGCAAUUCCGGAUCAUAUGGGUGGUGUCAAUGGCCUGCAUACUAUGAUGCAGCUACCCCCAUCAAACUUGUCUGGUCCACAAUUUUCACAUGCCACCAGAGGUUACGGAGCAAACAAUGUCUACUCAGUGAUUGAGGGUUCGCCAACGUACAAGCAAAGAAGGCGCCGCUCGUCAAUUCCUCCAGGAGUUGCAUCAAUCGUUGCCGCUGCCGCCGCGGCUGGUCAACAUUCUCACCAAGCCCACAGGCCAUCAGAUCUACGAAGAUCGGUCUCGCACUCUGUUGGACCAGUAGCUGAAGGUGACGAGUCAGGCGAAAACUCUCCGCCUGGACUUACAUACAGUAACCAAAUUCCCCAUCAGAUGGCGCACCACAAGGAAUUAGUUGAUUUCUCCAGACAUGGAACACCCCUUUCUACCGUCGAGGAUUCUCCGCACAUGAACCCAAUGUCCUUGCAACAAUCAGACUUUCAGUUAAACAAUGAUGAUCUUGCAGGCGAUAGUCCGCUUGAUCAUUCCCCUCAACGAAGACACAUGCAAGGAGCAGGUGGAGUAGUGCGAAGAGCACGAAGCGCCACGAUGAUGGAACUUGGCCCCUAUCCCCAAAAGUCACACUCAUGCCCAAUCCCCACUUGUGGUCGUCUGUUCAAGCGUUUAGAGCAUCUUAAACGACAUGUGAGAACCCAUACACAAGAAAGACCCUACAUCUGCCCACACUGCAGCAAAGCAUUCUCCCGCUCAGACAACCUAGCACAACAUCGUCGUACACACGAUCGUGGUGAUGGAUCUGAAGGUGCCUAUGGCAACUACAGUGGUGAAGAAGAAGACUUCGAGGGUGAAGAUCACCUUGGACCCCUCGAAGACGCUUCUCCCAAUUCCGAGAAUGGUUACCUCCCACAAAGCAUGACGUCGAAUUUCAACGGCAUGCCUAUGUCAAUGGGAAUGAUGAAUCCUGGUAUGGCUGCCCCCAGUCAGCUCAUCAAUACACAUCAACUCAUGCAGCAACCGAUAUAG